CUUGGAGCAUGAGCGUAUGGGAGGGGCGACCAUGACGCCAUAUUCCCGCGUGCGUCAAGUGUCAACUCUACUUGCUUCGGGCCUAUUUUUAUUCUUGAAUGCGGAAGAAGGCUCGAAGAUUCACGGUCUCUUCUCAUCUAUUGCCCUUUCUCUCUCUGACUUUUCAAUAACCUCUAGAAUUGUUCCUUCCUCGCACUUCAAUGAUACAUGCAAAUAAUGGGGGAGGUGGGUCAGACGACCCAACCCCGUGCAUGGAGGAUUGAAGCAGUCAGCAAUUCCUAAUUGGACCUUUCCCCUGCUUCUCCCAUUCUCGCCGCUUACAAGGAAAUUAAUGAUGAUUGGACCAGAUACUUGGCCCCCGUGGAAAAACAAGAUGCUUUGAUUUUCUUUGUCCUCUGAUUUUUCUGUGUCUCUACUCAAAAGAUCCAGCCUCACUUUUCACUGAUACAUCGUUAUCCCUUUUCCUCCCAACUUCUUCUGUGUUGGAAAUGUGGCUUGUCCUUCCAUACAGCCUAUUACCAAUUCUCCUCUUUAAAUUCCCCUUCCUCAAAUUUCAUCCCACUCACCCUCUCUUCCUCCUGCAGGAAACUAAGUUCAAUACUUGGAAUUCUAUGUAGUCAAUCCUGUCACUAGCUCUUUUGGGUUUUAAUUUAAGUUCAGCUGGCUUCUUUCAUUUCAAUUUUCAGCCCUCAAGUGAUUCUUCAUGUUUCUGCUUUUUUGGUGGAUGCGUAUAUCCCUCUUGCAUGGUUAUUUGUAGUCUUGAUCUAAGCUUCCUACCGUUCGAUCAAUUGAGCCCUCAAUUUAGUCUUUGCCAGCUACUUCUAGCGAGCUAGUUUUCCCGAAACAAUUCGAUCCCUUAGCUUGCUUGCUGUUAUUAGUAUUUUCCUUUUUCUUGUCGCUGGGUCUUGUAAUUCAUUUCUAGAUGGAGAAGUGGAAGGAGCCGGAGCAGAGUACUCUCAUCAAUGAGCUGAACCAAGGGAUGGAGCUGGCGAAGGAGCUAGGAAACCAUCUCCAUCCUGCAUCGUCGCCAAAAGUCCGCCAACUGUUAGUUGAAAGGAUACUUUCUUCCUACGACAAAGCACUCAAAAUGCUACAAUGCAGUGGUGAUCUUGCCGGCGUGGAGUUUGAGUCUCCGCCCAACACCCCACCGUCCCUUGCCGGUAGUAGUCCGAGGAGCGAGAUUUCCGAUCGCGAUUUCAAGGAUCAACCCAACAGUUAUGUCUCCAAGAGGAGAAAGACAGCGCAGCAAUGGACCCGACGAGUACGUCUCUGCAGUGGGACAGGUUCGGAAGGGCCUCUUGAUGAUGGCCAUAGCUGGAGAAAAUAUGGGCAGAAGGAUAUCCUUGGAGCUAAGUUCCCAAGGGGCUAUUUUAGAUGCAGUCAUCGACAUGCACGAGGCUGUUUGGCCACAAAGCAAGUUCAGAGACUAGACGAAGACCCCUCAGUAUUUGAGAUAUCCUACAAAGGAAGACACACUUGCACCCAAUCAGUGGAAAAGCAAUUCCCCAAACAAACCCACCAUAACUUUAUUCACCAGGAAGAAAAGGCGCCAGACCAAUCAAGAGAAAUUCUUCUCAACUUAGAAACAGGGCUUAAAUUUAAAGCUGACCAAGAGCUGGAGCCUGGGGAGCAAGUACUUCCGCCAUUCUCCGAAUUCCCAUCUGCAUUGACUGGUUUGCAAAACGAGGAGGAUUGUAUUUUCCCUUCCGCAUUCAUAUCUCCGGGCAGUACGCCGGAAUUCAACUAUCCUUUGGUGAACAGCUUUGGGAUGGAUUACAAUUUGCAGGGUUCGGAUUCCGAUCUCACAGAGAUCAUUUCUGCUCCGACUUCGGUCACCAAUUCUCCGGUUGUGGAAUUGGAUUUCCCUCUUGAACCGGUGGAGUUGGACCCGAAUUUCUCAUUCGAUUCUUUGGAUUUCUGUUUUUCAGUGUAGAAAAAGUAGUUUUGUAGUCGGGGAAAGCCGUGUUUCACAGUUUUUGCUUUUCUUUUGGGAAGUUGAAGUAGGGAAGAUUGGGCAAAAAUGCUCCGUAAUUUUCAUGUUUUUGCUUUCACUGGGAAUGACAGAGAAAGUGCUAUUUUUAUUUUA